AUUUGUUUAAGGUUAACUUUAAGUUGAAAUUAAUACCCUUAAGAACAAAAUUGAUAUGUGCCCCAAAACAAAGAAAAAAACAAGGUAAAACAUAUAAGAUUGUUACACACCCGAAUAACCAAAUUGACGGUUUCAUAAUGAGACCGUAUAGGCCAAGUUUUUACGUUCAGUCGGGGCCGAGAUACGGGUACGGUUAUUCCCCAAGAAGCCCAAUUCGUUCCCGCGCUUGCAAUUCUGCAGUGACUGAAAAAGUGAGUUACAGAAAACACAACCGCCAUAUCCAAAAAACUCAAAAGCACACAGACAGGAGGGAAUAUGUGUGGAAGAUGCCGUUGUAGUAUACGCCCAGACGAUGUACCCAGAGCUUGCCAUCUUCCCCAUACUUCCGUUCGUCAAAUUGAUGUCGACCGGUACCGGCCUGCAUAUAAUGUCUCACCGGGGUCGUACCUUCCUGUACUUCGACGUGAAAAUGGAGGAGAUGAGGGUUACACCGCAGCUGUACAUUGUAUGAAAUGGGGGUUGAUUCCUAGCUUUACUAAGAAAGAUGAGAAACCUGAUCAUUACAAGAUGUUUAAUGCAAGGUCUGAAUCAAUUGGGGAAAGGGCUUCAUUUCGUAGGCUUAUUCCAAAAAACCGGUGUCUUGUUGCAGUUGAAGGGUUUUAUGAAUGGAAGAAAGGUCCUAAGAAGCAGCCAUACUACUUACAUUUUAAAGAUGGCCGUCCGUUAGUGUUUGCUGCACUCUAUGAUUCCUGGACAAAUUCUGCAGGAGAAAUUCUCUAUACAUUUACCAUUAUAACAACUGAUUCUUCAUCAGCUUUAAAAUGGCUACAUGAUAGGAUGCCUGUAAUCCUUGGAGAUGAAGCAUCAACUGAUAUAUGGCUCAAUGGUUCUCCAGAUACCAAGUUUAGUUCAGUACUGAAACCUUAUGAAAAAGAAGACUUGACAUGGUACCCAGUGACCCAAGCAAUGAACAAGGCAUCGUUUGAUGAUCCUGAAUGCAUCAAAGAGAUACCAUUGAAAUCUGAGGAGCAGUCUAAUCCUAUCACAAAAUUCUUCAAAAAAGGAACAGAUGUGGAUAAAGAAUCAUAUAGGAAAGCUAAGAGCUCACUUCAAGAGUCAACCAAAAAUGAUCUGCAGGAUGAUGUUAAGGAGGAACCUGAGGCUCAAGUAAGUGUGAAAGUCUCUCCAUCCAGUGAAAAGACCAUUACUGAGACGAAGUCUGAUGUUUCCAUUCUAUCUCCGGGACCUGACUCCAAGGUUGAGGCAAAACGGGAUUAUGAAAAAUUCAUGCUUCAUUCAAUGCCAAGCCCUGAUAAACUAGGUAAGCUACCUCAAACUCUUCCGAAGAAGAGUAAGGUUAAGAGUGGAACAGAAAAACAAACGACACUGCGCUCAUACUUUGCAAAAAGCUAGGAGUAGUGUCUGCUUCUGUAAUGUUUCGUGUAUUAUGUAACUUGUGGUAUAUGUAUAUAUCACUCUGCUAACUACCAAGCAAGUCUUGACCCUAUGCUAAGAGUUCAAGAAUGAUGGGCUUGUUCUACGUCUUCUCACCAAUCUUGAAGUUUUACGACUCAUCCUGUCACUUGUGCCUUGAUUUUGGAGACCUUCUUUGGUAGUGGCUAAUUUACUGGAUGAGAGGUAGGGCUGUUUGUAUGUCUGAUAUUUGGCAAACUUUUGAUCUUUCAUAAAUCAAAGGACUUUGUAGUACUUUGAUUUAACUAACUUUGAAAAAUGGAUGUUAAAAUCUUGAAGUUUCUUGGCUGUUA